GGACUCGGCGGCUGGGGCAGCAGAUAGUGGAGCUACCCCGGUCUUCAGGGGAGUCCGUUAACGGAACACACGGCGGCUGGGAAGAGCAGAGCGGAGCGGAGCAGGAGAGAGGAGGGACGGAGGGAGAAACGCCUUUUAUAGCUUUAAACCAGCCCUUCUCUGUAGUUGUAGCUCAAGUUGUGGUUCGGCUCUGGCAAGUUUAAGCCCACUUGUGUGCAGAAACUGAGACAGACCUGAGUCUGGAUGGAGUUUGUGAGGUGUUUCCUCAGCACGGUUUUUUUGAGCCAGCGCUUCUCCUCAUUCUCCGCCGCAGCAGCAGCAGCAGCAGCUCACUGACUUUUCAUUUAUUUCUGUUUUCCUGAGGUAAAAACGUAUUUUUUCUUUUCUCUCCGCGUGCCUCGCUUUCUCUCUCACCACAUACUGUACACCACACGCUCCUGCGGUGUGUGUGAGUGUGUGUUUUAAUCCGUUUCUCUCGGUCUGCUGCGCCUCCACUGUGGCUCCGUGGAUUUAAGCGGCUGGAAGUGUCCUGUCCACGAUGAGCUCGGACAUUAACAUGUACCUGGGCCGGGAGAAGGCGGGCAUCAUGAGAAAGAGAGCCCAUCUGCUGAGGAAAGGCUGCAGCUUCGAAAUAACGAGUUCUGCCUCAGAAGAUCUGGGCUGCAGGAGAGGCGAUUUCAGUCGGAAGCACUACGGAUCAGUGGAACUGCUGAUCUCCAGCGAUGCAGAUGGAGCCAUACAGAGAGCCGGGAGGUUCAGGGUGGAGAAUGGCUCGUUAGAUGAGACUAUGGACUACACCCCAGGAACCUGGAGAAGAACAGAUGUCCAUCUGGAGAACCCAGAGUACCACACCAGAUGGUUCUUCAAGUACUUCCUGGGAAAAGUACAUCAGAACUAUGUUGGUGUGGAUGCAGAGAAGAACCCAUUCUACCUUUCUGUGGUUCUGUCAGACCAGAACAACCAGAGAGUUCCCCAGUACAGAGCCAUCCUCUGGCGCAAGACGGGUACUCUUAAGAUUAGCCUCCCCUACAGCCCAACGAAAACACUAUCAGUCAAAUCGAUAUUAAGUGCCAUGAACAUGGAGCGUUUUGAGAAGGGCCCUAGAGAGAUCCUCAACCCAGAGAUCCAAAAGGAUCUACUGGUGCUAGAGGAGCAAGAGGGCAGUGUAAACUUUAAAUUUGGGGUGCUCUUUGCCAAAGAUGGUCAGCUGACAGAUGAUGAAAUGUUCAGUAAUGAGACUGGAAGUGAAAACUUUGAGAAGUUCUUGAAUCUGCUUGGUGACAAAAUCUGUCUGCAGGGCUGGGCUGGGUAUAGAGGAGGCCUUGACACUAAGAAUGACACUACAGGAAUAAACUCCAUCUACACAGUUUAUCAGGGUCAUGAGCUCAUGUUCCAUGUAUCUACCAUGUUACCUUACUCUAAAGAGAAUAAGCAACAGGUGGAGAGGAAAAGACAUAUUGGGAAUGACAUUGUCACCAUCGUAUUCCAGGAAGGAGAUGAUGCCUCGCCAUCCUUCAAGCCCUCCAUGAUCCGAUCUCAUUUCACUCAUAUUUUUGCCUUAGUUAGAUAUAACAGUCAGAAUGACAGCUAUAGGUUGAAAAUUUUCUCAGAGGAGAGCGUGCCAUUGUUUGGGCCACCUCUUCCUCCCCCACCAGUGUUCACAGACCACCAGGAGUUCAGGGACUUUUUACUAGUCAAAUUAAUAAAUGGAGAGAAAGCCACUCUUGAAACCCCAACGUUUGCUCAGAAACGUCAGCGAACACUCGACAUGCUGAUUAGGUCUCUGUACCAAGACCUUAUGCCAGACUUGCACAAGGUUCCCUUCUCUCCGCAGAACAUGCUCAAUCGGCGAUCUUUCAGUGACGUUCUGCCCGAGUCACCCAAGUCAGCUCGCAAGAAGGAGGAGGCACGGCAGGCGGAGUUUGUCCGCAUAGGACAGGCACUGAAGUUGAAAACCAUAGUUAAAGGGGACGCUCCUACUAGUCUAGUCAACACUGGCCUUUGCAGGAAAGAGCCGUGGGAGUCUCAGUCUUUCUGCAGUAGCUUUGCAUAUGACAUUGUCUGCGGGGAUUCCUGGGGUCAGUCAUUACUGGUUGCCACGGACUCAGCAGGGGUCAUGCUGUUGGAGGCCUCCGAUCCACUACUGUCCAAUGCAGAUUCUCCAGCCCUGCCUCCUGUGCAAGUUUUCGACAAAACUCUAACCGUCAAACAGAUGCACGUCCUAGAACCUCAGGAUCUUCUCAUCACAAGGGCCGAUAAAGGGAAGGAUGCCCGUCUCUAUGUGUACAGACUGAGCACACUCAAGCGAGGGAUAGAGGAGAGGCAACUAGUCCGUACCAAAUGCGACAGCAGAGAGAACAAGUUGGAGAAAACUCGGGGAUGCCAUCUCUACUCCAUUAACACACACCAUGGGGUGGAGCUUCGCAUCGUUGCAGCGAUAAGGAACAAGCUCCUCCUCAUCACAAGGAAACAGCCACGCUUUGACAGCAUAUCUUCUGUAGGCAUGAGCACUGGAACCAGUGAUUCACCAGUAGAGGAGUUCCAGUACAUUCGGGAGAUCUGCCUGUGUGACACUCCUGUCAUCAUGGCGCUGGUUGAUGGGCCGACAGGCGAGAACGAUCACAUGAUCUGCGUGGCCUAUAAACACCAGUUCGACCUCAUCAACGAGAGCACAGGAGAUGCAUACAGAUUACAUCAUGUAGACUCAAACCGGGUGAAUUUUGUAGCAGCCAUAGACGUGUAUGAAGACGGGGAAGCUGGAUUACUGCUCUGCUAUAACAAUCUCUGCGCCUAUAAGAAGGUGUGUCCGUUUAAUGGAGCCACGCCCAUGAUUCAGCCCAACUCUUCAGACUUUCACUUCAGCUGGAAUCAGAUGCCCAACAGCAUCGUGUGUGCAUUCCCCUACAUUCUGGCGUUCACCACCGACUCCAUAGAGAUUCGACUGGUCGUCAAUGGAAACCUGGUGUACACUGCUGUGGUUCCUGAGCUCCAGCUGGUUGCGUCUAGGUCUGACAUCUACUUCAUAUCAUCAGCUCCAGUAAACUCUGCCUCUAACUGUAGCUCCAGAGACACCAGUUCCCAAAGCUCUCCUCAGACACCAACAGGAUAUGAGAUGCCCAUUUUCCCCUCUCCCCUUGGAGAUGAUUGUAUUCGGAUCCCAUAUGGCACCAAGCUUUCCCUCUACAUGUCUAAAGACUCUGAAGCUGAAGCUCCCUCCAAACAAAUCUAUAAGAUUCCACUCAGUAAUCUUGUUGGGCGAAGCAUAGAGAGGCCUCUUAAGUCCCCACUGGUCAAUAAGGUGCUGACAGCCCCUGGUUCUGGUGUGAUAGCUCCUGCCCCUAUGAUCGCGACCACACCCUCUCUCUCACUGUCCCGCAUGGAGAUCAAAGAGAUCGCAAGCCGUACACGAAAAGAACUGCUGGGCUUAACUGAAGAGCCCAGCAGUAAGGCAGAUAGCAGCUCAGUCAAACAAAGGAAAAUGAGCAAGAAAACAAAGGAAGAAGAGAAAAGGAGACCUGCAGGAUCUGCCAGCACUGAGCAAGUGGGGCUGGAGUGUGUUGACGGUGACAUUGACAUACAGCGGCACUGCUCCUCUGGCUCAGAGCAGGAACUUCGUGAAGGCAGCCCACCCGUGGCCAGUACUUUAACGCUCUCGACUUCCUUCGAGGAGGACAUCCUGGACCUGAAGUGAUGACAAUCCCACAGUGUACCUCUUGUAGCUCCUCCUCUGCACCACCUGCGGUCCUUUUGUUUGUUAGUUUGUUUUUUAAAUAUUGUUUUUGUUUUCUUAUUUGAACUCUUGUAUUUGUCCUUAGUCCGCUUACUUACUCAGUGUGUGGUGUAGAAAUGGACCCCCAAAGCUUUGCACCUGAGUGAGUUUACAUUAAUCAGUGUGAUGAAGGAUAAAAUGCGUGUGCGUCUUGUUUAGUGAGACUUACGGACAGUGAUCAUUUUAAACCGCUGGACGAAUCGAGCAACACGGACGAGCGCCGUCUUUGGAAUGGAGUGGGCCGCAAAGGCACAGGUCCUAGAUCAGGUUUUGAACACAUGAAGCUUUACAGGACACACCUAAUGAUAAUGUAGCCAUGGAAAACAAAAGUCAGAAUUUCAGGUCAUAGGAUUGACCCAAGACUCUAGGUCAAGGUAAGGCAUUAAUAAACCAAGCCUGAAUGUAAUACUGAAGCACCUAAAUCACAACAAAAUAUCUAUUUUAACUAACGUUGUGAUUUGAGUGUCUUCUAUAUCUGUCAGUUGCACAUUGUAAUAGUGAAAAAUUAUAAAAAAUGAACUUGUGCAUCUCAGGCUGUAGCUGCACCUGUGAACUUACAUACAGUUUGCACACACACUCAUGUACACACAUACACACACAAAUAAAUAUAUAAAUGUCCUAUCUAUAAAUAUUUAAUAAUUAAAUAUACAGGUGAGUUUAAUGUUAUACUCUACCCUUUGGCAAACAGGGCAGAAGUCUCCCACAAGUGCCAUUUUUUUCCUACAACUCCUAGCAACUGCAGUGAAUCAGAUUGGCCACAGACUACAUUUUCCAUGAGGCAAACAGCUACACCUAGAAGCAACUGACACAAAAAGCUCUAAACUUUGUUUCAUUAUUAGCACAUGCGCUUUGCCUCACAAUGUUCAGCUUAACACUAUAAGUGCACUCUUUAAAAAAUGCUUUUGCCUAUGAAAAAAGGGCUCUGGAACACCUGCAUGCCUCCCUUGAGUCCCAUUACAAACUAAAAGGGAUUUUCUAUACUAAAAUGUUAGAAUUAGGAUUUAAUACGUUCACAAAUCAUAGACAUUUUAGACACUGGGAGCAAAACUAUCAGAAAUAAACACAGAGCAGAUUAGAUUCUGUAAUAUCAGGUAAAAGAAAGAGAGUCUAGUUAAGGUCAGUGAAGUAAGAGUCAGAGACAGUAAAUAUAACAGAGGGAGAAUACAGGCAUCAGUCUUGGAUAACUUGGUGCCAUGUUGUGGUUCAGUUUCUGCUAAGCUAAAUGCAUGCCCCCCUGCCCUGCUCCUCUCCCCCUCACCUACCCUUUCUGACUCUCUUUGUAUGUUUUACCCACACUACUCAACACUAGUAGCAGCCUGACUAAAAAAAGGGAAAAACAUGGGACUAUUUUUGCAAAUUAAAGUUUUAAAUGUUAUUUAUUUUAUUAUUGCUCUUUGAAAGGAGUUGCGGUGGAGCUGGAGACUGACGGAUGAUGUGUAAAAUCUUUACUUUUUUUUAAAAGCACUUCGUUCUCUUUGCCUCCCGUUCACACGAUUCACUCGCUCCUAAACUGUUUUCGCAGUGGUUUUGUAUCUUAAUCAAUAUUAACUGUUUAGACUGUUGCUGAAAUUCUGUGAUAUUGAAAUGAAACAAAAAAAUUAUAAAAAAAAACAACAAAACAAAACAAACAAAAAAAAAAAAACACCAAGUGUCUUAAAAUAUUGUAUCGCCAUUGUUUUUAAUGCCAAGUACUACUUGUAAAUGUUUGUGUUUCAGAUGUGGCCUCAAACUAAAAUAUUAUUAUAUUAUUAUUAUUAUUAUAGCUUUUAUUUGAUCAAGUGCUGUUGACCACUGCUGUAGUUCAUAUUGUUCAUUGAUAUGAAAUAAAUAUUUAUGAAAUUUCA